AUGCUGGCCGCGCAUUCGCGUUCCUCUGCGCCGGCGCUUACCUUCACGCACGUUUGCCGCGGUAAGCACCUGAGCCGUGAGGCCGUGCAGGCGUUCUUUGAGCAUGCGUUCUGCGGGUCUCUGCCGAUAACACACACCGACCUCGUCCACAGCGCCUACAGCCCACUCAUGGAGGAUGCCCCGCACGACGAGGAUGCGCUGACGUCGGAUGUUGCCGUGGCGUGUCAGCGCUUGCAACAGAAGUGGACGAUGCAAGCGGAGCAGUGGGAGGAACUGCUAGGCGGCAGACACGAUCUCGCGGAUGCCCAGCACGGCCUCUGCCCGCGUUCGUGCACGUGGGUGAAGGACAUGCUGGCAGGCGACGCUUACGACUUGUGA